AUGAGAAUCCCAGCCUUUCAAGGGAAGAGUGAUCCUGAAGCAUACCUAGAGUGGGAGAAGAAAAUGGAGUUAGUCUUUGAUUGUCACAACUAUUCAGACAUGAAGAAGGUAAAACUUGCUGCCAUUGAGUUUACUGAUUAUGCUAUUGUUUGGUGGGAUCAGUUGUGCACUAACAGGAGACGGAGUGGAGAUUGCCCUAUUGAAACAUGGGAGGCAAUGAAGAGGGUAAUGAGGCGACGGUUUGUACCACCUCAUUAUUAUCGUGAUCUCUAUCUUAAGUUGCAAGGCCUUCGUCAAGGCUACAGAAGUGUUGAUGAGUAUUACAAGGAGAUGGAGAUGGCUAUGAUUAGAGCCAAUGUUGAAGAGGAUCGGGAGGCAACAAUGGCGAGGUUUUUAAAUGGGUUGAACCGAGAGAUUGCUGACCCAAUCGAGCUACACCAUUAUGUGGAGUUAGAAGAUUUGGUUCACAUGGCAAUCAAAGUUGAGAGACAACUCAAGAAGGGUAGUUCAAGUUCGAGAUCAAGGCCGAGCACACACAAGCCAAGUACAACACCUUGGAGGUCGAACUAUCCAAAGAAGGAUGACCAACCCAAUUCAUCAUCUACACCAAAACCAUCCACUACAGCCACGCCACCUCAAGGUAAAACAACUCAAACUAAGUCUCAUUCUAGUGAGAUAAGGUGUUUCAAAUGCCAGGGGUGGGGACAUAUAGCCAGCCAGUGUCCAAACCAAAGAGUUAUGGUGAUUCGGGAAAGUGGAGAAAUAGAUUCUGAAGGUGAAGAUGAUCUUGCUGACAUGCCACCAUUGGAAGAUGCUUCUGACAAUGAAUAUGGCCCAGAAUCUGGAGAGAUGCUUGCACUAGUUACAAGUUGUACUAACGUUGCAAGUGCUUCUAUGGUUAACAAGCUUGGACUUACAACGCUUAAGCAUCCUUGUCCAUACAAGUUGCAAUGGUUGAAUGAUAGUGGUGAAGUGAAGGUUACAAAACAAGUACUUGUUUCAUUUCGCAUUGGCAAGUAUGAAGAUGAGGUGCUGUGUGACGUCGUUCCAAUGCAAGCUGGACACCUCCUUCUAGGAAGGCCUUGGCAAUUUGAUCGACGAGUACAACAUGAUGGCUUCACCAACAAGUACUCAUUUACUUUCCGUCAGCGGGCAAUCACUCUAGCGCCUUUGACACCAAAACAAGUUUAUGAAGAUCAAGCGAGGUUGCAAAAAUUGAGUGACAAAAAGAAACUGAGUGAGCAAAAAGAGAGUGGAAAGAUGAGUGAGAGGAAACAGAAUGAGAGAAAAAGAGAGAAAAGUGUGGAAUCAAGUGAGAGAAAACAACACUUUUAUGCAAACAAAAGUGAGAUUAAGAGAGCAUUAAUUCGAUGA